UACUACAAAUAGGCUUAAUAAAAAAAACAAUUUAUUUAUUAUUACAAUUUCAAGAUUUUAUUGAAAAAAACACAUUCGGUGACAAAUUAAGGGUAGAACAAAGCUUAUCGUAUUAUCGGCAUUUUAAUCCUCUUCAUCGUCGACAUUAGGAUUUGUUUUAUAUGGAACAAGAUCUUUGGCUUUCUUUGAACUCGGUAAACUUUCAAAAUAACUUUUGUAUGCCAUGGAAUUAAUUUGCUUACCAAGCAAAUAAAGUAAGUCUUUUUUUUUGGCUUCUGAAAUUGGCAAUCUUUGUUUAUAUUUUUGUUUAAGUCCAGAGUUUCCCAUGAUACAGUUUUCUUUUUUCUUCCUUGCAAAACAUCGAAUUCUAAGAAUUCAUUAUCAGUCAAUGAAUAUUUAUAUUGAAUGAUGAAUAGUUUAGAUUUAUCAAAUCUUAGCCAUUUAAUGUGAAGCCAUUUUAUUUAUUCCUUAGAAGUAUUUACUUUGGUAUUUUGCAUUACAAGUGACGCCAGUUUCUGUAAGUCAUAAAAAUCUGGAAAAGCAACUUUAUAGACCUGAUAUGGACAUGGUUUUUUUCUUGCCAUUUCUAUUAACAACCCCCAUUCUUCGGUUGUGAAAAUUUUGCGAUGUUUACGUGCUCGUUCAAUAGUGGCGUGUAUUGAAUGCCUCUGCCUCUAGAUAGGAAUGGCCGGAUUCCAUGAACUUUAAAUCUACAAUUUGUAAGUGUUCAAUUUUAUUGACGCAGCAAACAACAUCGCUGCAGUAACAAAUUGAUUCCGGUUUUGCCCUCCGCAACUAUCAGAAAAACUAGAAACCUAUGACACAGUCUGAGGUAAGUUGUACAAAUACUUUAAUAGGCACGUACCAAUUUCUGAAGCUCCUUUAGAGCCAUGCGUUUCAUCCCAAAGGAAACAGUGACAACUGUGAUCAAAAGAAUCAAAUAUGGUGAAAUUAAAAACAGAGAGCUUACGCUUGUAAUAGAUUUGAGAAUCAGCGGAAAAAGGGACUAACAAAAUAGCUUCUAAAUCAAAAGAAAUUGCUCGGUAGAUUGAGUCUUCGAAUGAUUUAUUUUAAUGUGCAUCUUUCAUCUCCAUUGCUUCUUUCUUCUUUUUGUGAAGUUGCCAGCUUUCUUCCAAAUUGGUUUUGUCUGUAGCGCUAUAAUACACAUUGCAUGUGGAACAUUGGUCCUUUUUAGGGACAUGGAACGACAGUUGUGGAUCAUAACUAUUAAAUAUUUUUCGGUAAACAUUAAUAGAAACAGGAGGGAUUGAUUCACUUGUACAAUAAAUUUCAUCAUACAAACGAUACAAUAUAACAGAUAAAUUCAAAUCAGCUGCCAAAUACAAUUUUUUCGUAUCGCGCCGAGUGUAGUGACUUUCUAUACGAGGAGAGCUGUCUAUAUGUUUUUUAACAUGAUUUGUUGCUUUUUCGGUAUGUAAUAAUGGCAGGAAUUUUUCCUUUUCGUCUAUCAAUACCAAUAUAAGCUCCAUCUGGACCACUUUUUUCAAAGCAAGGUCAAUAAUUUGGAAACUUAUGCUAAAAGUUGCACAAAAAAAUUUUAAACAAACUCGCACAUUAGAGCCUUGUUCAUCAGGUAGUGAAUAUACGCGUGAUUUAGUUUUUGUGAUAAUGCUUUCUGGCUUUCGUUUCCUGUGUCGUUGAAUGCUAUUUUCUGUGACCAACGAGCAUAAGCGUGCUUUUUGACGAUCGGCAUCAGCAAGUCCCCAAUACUCUUGAUGCAAAAUUUGCUGUCUCUCCAAAGAUAUCUUAUCAGAAUAUUUAAAUCUGCACCUUGAGCAAUUGAUGUAGCUUGGCUUUUUUUCUGGCAUAACGAUAUUUUUUCUGGUUUGAUAGCUCUUACCAGACAUUCUUUUUAUUUUUCGUUCGUUUCUUUUCCAUGUAUCUGGUUCUGCUUUCCUUUUCCGUGUUUUUUAACUUCAGGUACCAAAACUUCUCUGGAUGUUGUUGGUUGUGGAGGUAUUUCUAUAGGAUUUGUUUCACCAUCUUCAUCAUUGUCACUUGUUGACUCGUUUUCUUCCUCUUCUAGGACAUAUUCCUCAGAAGUAAAUGAACUUUCACGCGGUAUUUUAUUAGUGAGUAAGUCUUUAUCAUUCUCGGUUUCAAUUGUAUUCAUUGUAUACUCCAACAAAUUGAAUUCGUUGACCGAAUAUUCGAUGUUUUCUAUCAAGUUUUCUGGAACUCUGCAAAUUCUUCGCAAUGGACCACAGAAACACCACAGGGGGGAUUCGUCUCAGUUAACUCUUUGGCUGAAUCUGUAACAAGUGCGUACAAUAAAAUUUGAUCAAAUGUUAUUAAGACUCCUAAUAAAUGAGGUUUUGUUCAAUGAGGUAAUUAUUAAAAUGAAGCAAUAGUUAUUUACCUAACAAGUGCGGAAAGUGAUACUUUACCGUACUAAUACAAAAAGUGGCCGCACUUGCCCCAACUCACCUUACACCUUUUAUGAGGAGCAUUAAAUUCCCUUUAAGAUUCUAUAUCGUACUUUUCUUCAUAUUAUUUAUAUAAAAAUAUUAUAUUAUAUUAUAUUCGUUAGUUAUAAAAUUCCAAAAUAAAAAAGGUAAAUCUAAAAAAUAUAAUAAUAUAUGAGUGUUUAAGGAAUGAUUAUUCGGAAACGACUCGUAUGGCGAAAAUUUUCAAAGAAAGGUAUUUUAUAGGAUAUUUAAUUUUCUAUCAAUUUGUGUGGAUAUAAUUAUUUUUACCUCGAUAGUUUUGACACAAAAAUUAAAUCCCUUUUAAUAUUAAUUAAGAUUUCAAACUUUUUCGAUUUUUUUUGUCACAUUGAACAAUAUUUUGUUUGUCCUAGUUUAAAUUCAGUCUAAUACUCCAUAAAAUUCAAUUAUCGUUAUCAAAUUAUUUAGCCGAACGUACUGGAAAAUACCCAUAUUGAAGCCAAAAAGUCGAUAAUCUACGAGUUGCGCUCUCCCUCACUCGAUUUCCGGACACGUUCUUUAUUUCCAGUUAUCCCACCUGUUGUCACUUCACAAUAAUAAUCAAAUUACACCGACCGUGUAUACCCCAGAUCCUAAUGGCUGAUGCCCUAAAACUCUCUUCCUCCAACAAAAAGAAACCCUCAGAAUUCACCUUUCAAGAACUGGAUCAGCAGCUGCUGGACCUAAAUGAUCUCAUGGAAAAAUCCAACCUAUCAACAGCCGAUAGAACUGAUUUAUUUAAACCGAUUUUGGAGAGAAUCCCAAAAAACAAAACUGCUGCCCCUUUAUUUACUUAUAUGUUCAUUUGUUUCAGUUUACUCUUAUUCGGUUAUAUAAAGUGGGAAAGUUUGUAUUGGCAUAUCACCGCCCUAACGAGAAUCGCUUUGGUGAAAAUCUUACCUUACUGGGACUGGAGAUAUUUGAAAAAUGACGUCUGUUUAAUUUCCAAAUUCGACCCAUUAUUGCCACAAGGAGUGGAGGAGUUCGAUUGUAACCUUUGUGAAAACUUAAAAGAUUUCCAGGACUUGUCUUUGAUAAAGGGUGAAGUUGAUAUUUCUGAUUUAAUAAGGCAAUGUGUGCAGCUAGAAAUCCCCGUUGUGAUUAAUAACCAAAUUGAUCAUUGGUUAAAGGAAUCCCCUCAAGAACUAUUUGAUCAGCUCCUGGAGAAGCCUCAAUUCGCCCACUCGAUCCCAUGCAAUCUCCAUACAAACAUCCACAACUCCAAACUGGGUGAGCCAACCAUCUUGGAUCUCUAUGAGAAAACGGAGCUCUUCCAUCAAUUCUUCAUCCAUUUUCAAAACUGCGAUUCGGCAGCCAUGAAAGUCUUCAGAAACUUCACCGCCAAACCCUCGGUGGUGCCAGAAGAACUUUCUCCAGUUUCCUACAACUGGCUGAUCUGGAACAAUCGAUACGACGGCGCCAGAUAUAAAAAACUCAAUUUGAUCGAAAGACACAUCGUUAUCGGUCAGAUUAUGGGCAAAUCACGUUUAAGACUUACGCCGAGGAACAAUUGUCAGGAUCAAUGUCCGGCGUUAGAGGGAGAUUUGAAAAAUGGGGAUUUAAUGGUCGUCACGAGUCUUUGGGACGUGGAGUAUUUACCUAGUAAUAAGGACGAAAAAGGAGGACACAAUAUGGCGGCCGUAUUGGAACUUAAAACUGGUCUUUUGUAAAUAAAUAAGUAAUUUUUGGUGUGUAAACUUUGUGAAGGUUUUGAUAUUAAUUUAAUAUAAAUAAUAUGA